AUUCCGUAUUUUGUGAUGCUCGUGUUCGGCGGUGUGCCCGUGUUCUAUAUGGAGCUGGCUCUUGGGCAGUUUCAGAGGGUCGGUUGUCUCACGGUCUGGAAGAGGCUCUGUCCACUGUUCAAAGGCGCGGGCUACGCAAUCGUCGUUAUGGCGUCGUACGUGGCCUUCUAUUACAACACCAUCAUUGCCUGGGCACUCUACUAUUUUUUCUCCUCCAUGCGCUUAAAAGUGCCAUGGAUAAGCUGUGACAAUGAUUGGAACACAGACAACUGCACGUCGUUUGAAGACCGGAAAAACACCUCACUUCACACUAACUACUCUGUGGCCUCAUCCGAGGAAUUCUACAGUCGUCAGGUGUUGGAGUCGUUUAGAGCAGAUGGUUUGUCUGAUGUGGGAGGAAUAAAAUGGUCAAUAGCUCUGUGUCUGGCAGGAGUCUUCGUGCUCGUCUACUUCGCUCUCUGGAAGGGCGUCAAAAGCUCAGGAAAGGCCGUCUGGGUCACUGCAACAUUGCCAUAUUUGGUGUUGACCGUUCUCAUGAUAAGAGGCUGCACCUUACCGGGGUCACAUGAUGGGAUAGUGUACUACCUCACGCCUCAGUGGGAGCAACUUAAAAAUCCUCGCGUAUGGGUGGACGCUGCAGCCCAGGUGUUCUUCUCGCUGGGUCCCGGGUUUGGAGUGUUGCUGGCUCUGUCCAGCUACAACAAAUUUAACAACAACUGUUACAGAGACGCCAUCAUUACAUCUGGCAUCAACUGCUUCACGAGUUUUUUCGCGGGAUUCGCGGUGUUCAGUGUGCUCGGGUUUAUGUCAAAUGUUCAUCACACUCCCAUAGACGAGGUAGCUGGACAAGGCCCCGGACUGAUUUUCGUCGCUUACCCAGAAGCCAUUUCCACCCUGGACGGUUCUGUGUUUUGGGCGAUCAUAUUCUUCAUCAUGUUAAUAACGCUAGGACUGGAUACCACAUUUGGCGGUCUCGAGUCUGUGAUCACGGGAGUCCUUGACGAGUGGCCGGCGCUCAGAAAGAGGAGAGAACUCUUUGUGCUUGUCCUGAUCAUCUACUGCUUCCUGGGAGGACUCUCCACCACCACAUACGGAGGACGGUAUGUUGUUGAGUUACUGGAUAGCCAUGCAGCUCCUUUCUCAAUUCUACUUGUUGUCUUUCUUGAGAUAAUAGCAGUCUCUUGGAUUUACGGUGUGAGACGCUUUUCUGGUGACGUGGAGGCCAUGUUGGGGUUUCGACCAGGUAUAUUCUGGCAAGUUUGCUGGACUGUCGUCAGCCCAGUUCUCAUUUUAUUGCUUUUCGUCCUAUCCUUCAUAUCUUACAACCCACCACUGUACGGGAAGGACGACCCGUUCCCAGAUUGGGCCGUAGGGCUCGGUUGGAUGAUUUCUGCGUCCUCUCUCGUCUGUAUCCCAUCUUACAUGUUCUACCGCCUGGUCUUUGUACAAAAAGGCUCGUUAAAAGAGAGAAUAACACAGUCCAUUGUACCCGAAGAGGUCCCGAAAAUAGAGCCCGAACUUCCGGUGUACUUGUAAGCCUGCGCACGACUCAGGACUUCCGGUUAUUCCCUUGAAGUGCGAAUGAGAUUUUCUUAUCGGAUGGCCAUUUUCCACGAGACCUCAUGCUAAAGGAACUUCUUCUAUUUCUUGUCAGGAU